UUGGAGAUGUCUGCAGUGGAGAAGAUUGAGGAGCAGCUCGCUAGCCUGCGCAUAGCAAAGCGUUCUACGCUAAGCGAGGAGCCGGCUUACUUGCUGGAUAUAGACGUUUCCAAACCUGCUCAAUCUGAAGGCAGUCGCUUUGUGGCAGUUUCAUGUUCCAAUAAGUCAAUUAGGGUAUAUAACAGGGAAACAUUAAACUUCCUGCGGGAGUACAGUAGCCAUCCUGGGAUACUUAAUGGAGUCAGAUUUGCACACGCGUGUGACAGCAUCGUGUUUUCAGCAUGCAGCGACGGUACUGUAAAAUGUUGGGAUAUUCGUUUAGCCACUCAGAAAGCCGUGCAGACGUUUAGCGGCUAUCCUUCCAACGUUUUCGUCAGUUUUGAUGUCAACUGCAGUGAUGUCAUAGUUUGUGCUGGAACAGAAAAAGUUGAAAAGGACACGUUUCUGGUGUUUUGGGAUGCAAGAGGCAUUACAGACUGUGCCAGCACCACUGAAGAACCCUUGGGAGUCUAUUCUGAAAGUCACAAUGAUGAUAUCACUAAAAUUUGUUUUCAUCCUAUCGAACCCAACUUAGUAGCUUCCGGGUCAACUGAUGGGUUGGUUAAUGUGUUUGACAUUAACAAGGAUAAUGAAGAUGAUGCUUUGACAUCAACUUGCAAUUCAGAUUCAUCAGUAAGUUUUAUUGGCUGGUCUGGGAAAGAUUAUAAGCAGGUCUACUGCGUGACACACGAUGAGGGAUUUUGUUGGUGGGACAUUGCUCAGUUAGAUACCGAAGAACCAAUAACCCUGUUGCACGUUCUGGAUGUCAGAGACGCAGCCUGUGUUGAAAACGACAGCUUGCAUUACCUGGUAGGUGGUUUGUACCACGAAAAGGCAGACAGACUCUUUCUCAUGGGGGGAACGUCCACAGGAAACAUUCACCUGAUCAGCUGCGGCACCGAUGGGCUGAGCCUGGUGGGCAGCCUGUGCGGAGGACACUGUGCCCCUGUUCGCUCUUUCUGCUGGAGCCUGACGGAUGAGUCCCUGCUGACGGGUGGGGAGGAUGCUCAGCUGUUGCUAUGGAAACCCGGCGCUGUGGAAAGGUCCCUGGCAAAGAAAGCGUCUGUGAAGAUGGCUUCUUCUGUGCAGAAGAGAGUAAGAGUUCACAGCAGUGCCCUCAAAAGCAGGAAAAAUGUAAAAUUCUGA